AACCUUAUCUUGCAAGCACUUAGCGAGUGUUGUUCAAUUACUCGAUAUGGAGAGUACACCUCAACUGUUGCUGUCAUCUUUUAACAAAGUAGAAACAGCUGUCCCCUGACCUUUUGUCAGAGGGACCCACUUCAGCAACCUGUGAACUGCAAGAAGCUUAUCAUGGGAAGUGUGCCUAUCAUGAUAAGCAAUGGUACUUAUCCUCGAAAGUGCUGCUUCCCUAUAAAAUACCCCUCUGCGAUAGUCCUUUAGAAACCCAAGAAGCGGCAUCCUCUUGGGAGGAGAGAAAUUCAAGGAGAGAAACUGAGAAAAGCUCUGGUUCUCUGUUUCUUUGAUUUGCUCUGUCUUUUUCUCUGUUUUGCAAGUUUAGUUUCAAUGACGACUGCACUUAGCAGAGAUCUGAUCUUCCUGAUCCUGCAGUUCCUCGAUGAAGAAAAGUUCAAGGAAACUGUUCACAUCCUUGAGCAGGAAUCAGGACUGUUUUUCAGCAUGAAGUACUUUGAGGACCUGAUCCUAGGCGGAAAAUGGGAGGAGGUUGAGCAGUAUCUUUCUGGGUUUACUAGAGUGGAUGAUAAUCGUUAUUCCAUGAAGAUAUUUUUCGAAAUCCGCAAACAAAAAUACCUCGAGGCGUUGGACAAGCUUGAUAGGGCCAAGGCUGUUGAUAUCCUCACCAAGGAUCUUAAAGUUUUUUCCUCUUUUAAUGAGGAUUUAUUCAAGGAAAUCACUCAGCUCCUAACAUUAGAUAAUUUUAGGGAGAAUGAGCAAUUAUCAACUUAUAGAGAUGCAAAGACUGCAAGAACAAUUAUGUUGAUCGAGCUCAAGAAACUUAUUGAGGCAAAUCCUCUUUUCCGUGACAAGUUGCAGUUCCCCAACAUUAAAAAUUCAAGGUUACGGAUGCUCAUUAAUCAAAGCUUAAACUGGCAGCAUUCCCUUUGUGCAAAUCCUAGGCAAAAUCCUGAUAUAAGAACUCUUUUGGUGGAUCACAGUUGUAGAAAUUCCACUGAUCCAUACACACAACUUGCCACAAGCAAUCAGCAUAUAGUUUCCGCACAAAAAACAGAAGGUUUUAUUCCAUUGUGUGCAAAUGGGCCAUUCCAACCUGCACCAACACCAGUUCAAACUCCAUUUAGUGCAUGGGUACCAACUCCUUCAAGCAUGAAUCACCCGGUAGUUUCUGGAGCAGGAGUGGGCUUUAGUGGCCCAUCAAAUCCCUCUGCAGUGUCAAAGGGUAUUGGGGAUUCUGAUAGUAUGUCAAAGGCAAGGCCCUGUGCAGUUCCUGACAGGAUAAUGCUACCAGGUAUGAGUCCCUCUCAGAAUGGUUUGCAAUUUAACAUGACUGAAGAAUUGCCCAAAACUGUUGCACGCACAUUGAACCAAGGAUCAGUUCCCACAAGCAUGGACUUUCAUCCUAUUCAACAAACUCUCCUUCUGGCUGGAACCAACAUUGGGGAAAUAAGUUUGUGGGAAGUUAGUUCUAGAGAGAAGUUAUUUUCAAGAAAUUUUCAGGUGUGGAAUAUUGGAGCAAGUUCGAUGACAUUAAAGGCAACUUUAAUCAAAGAUCCAUCUGUCUCAGUAAGACGUGUAUUAUGGAGCCCUGAUGGUUCUUUGUUUGGAGUUGCAUAUUCUAAACACAUGGUGCAGUUGUAUACUUAUUUUGGAGGGAAUGACAUUAGACAACAUUUGGAGAUUGACUCUCAUAUUGGCGCUGUAAAUGAUCUAGCAUUCUGUAACCCGUCUAACAAACUUUCAGUUAUUACUUGUGGUGAUGACAAGACCAUCAAGGUGUGGGAUGUAGCUACUGGAAUUAAAUUGUACGCAUUUGAAGGUCAUGAGGCUGCUGUACAUUCUGUCUGUCCUCAUUACAAAGAAAAUGUCCAUUUUCUGUUUUCAACAUCAGUGGAUGGCAAGAUAAAGGCGUGGUUAUAUGACAUGAUGGGAUCCAGGGUCGAUUACUAUGCUCCUGGUCACUCCUGUGUGACAAUGGCCUAUAGUACUGAUGGAAAAAGGUUAUUCUCAUGUGGAACCACAAAAGAAGGGGAGUCACACAUGGUUGAAUGGAAUGAAAAUGAAGGUACCAUGAAGAGAACAUACCAAGGAUUUCACAAACCUUCUUUGGGAAUUGUGCAGUUUGAUACUACCAAGAAUCGCUUCUUGGCAGCUGGUGAUGAUUAUUCGAUUAAAUUCUGGGAUAUGGAAAAUAGCAUUCCUUUAAUGACUGUUGAUGCUGAGGGUGGACUACCAGCAAGUCCACGUAUCCGCUUCAACAAGCAGGGUUCCUUGUUGGCUGUUUCUGCAAAUGAUAAUAAAAUAAAAAUUUUAGCAACAGUUGAUGGUCUUCGAUUGAUGCAUACAUAUGAAACUCAUUCCCAUAUUACUUCAAGACAUCCAUCUGAUGCUCCAGUGAAGAAUGGUGACUCAAAAAUGUUGGAGGAUACAAAACCACGAUCAGCUGAAGAAGUAAACCCAAUGAAAGCAGGCAAGCUUACUGAAAUUAGUACACCUGGUCAAUUUCGUUCACUGAAACUCUCAGCUCAUUUUGGAACAGAUAAGAUCACAAGGUUGAUUUAUACUAAUUCAGGUAAUGCCAUUUUGGCAUUAGCAUUAAACGCCAUUCAUUUACUGUGGAAGUGGCCACAAGGUGACCUCAAUUUGAGUGGGAAGGCAACAACAAAGGUUACCCCUCAACUAAUACAACCAGCAUCAGGCAUAUUAAUGAUCAAUCAUCGGAUUGAUGGUGGUAGCCCUGAUGAAAAUGUGCCGUGUUUUGCAUUGUCCAAGAAUGACUCUUAUGUCAUGUCUGCAUCAGGAGGCAAAAUUUCGUUGUUCAACAUGAUGACAUUCAAGACAAUGGCAACCUUCAUGUCUCCACCACCUGUGGCAACAUAUCUUGCUUUUCACCCUCAGGAUAACAAUAUAGUUGCUAUUGGCAUGGAGGAUUCCACAAUUUACGUAUAUAAUGUUCGUCUAGAUGAGCUCAAUAGCAAGCUUAAGGGUCACUCUAACAGAAUCACUGGCCUCGCCUUUUCCCACCUGUUAAAUAUACUUGUUUCUUCUGGAGCUGAUGCUCAGAUCAUUGUGUGGGACUCCAGUCAAUGGGAAAGGCAGAAGGGUUGUUUCUUGAAAACUCUAGCAGGAAGGACACCCACGGCAAGGUCAGACACCCAGAUUCAGUUUCAGCUGGAUCAGACACAUUUGCUUGCUGUGAAUGAGACUCAACUCGCCAUAUAUGACAUGAGGAAACUGGAGUGUGUAAAGCAGUGGGCUAUAGGAGAAGCUUCAGCACCAAUCUCCCAUGCAACAUUUUCUUGUGAUAGCCAGUUAGUGUACAGCAGUUUCUUGGAUGGAACAGUGCGUAUAUUUGGUGCCUCAAAUCUUCAAUUACAACGCCAGAUAAAUCCCACUGCUUAUCUGCCAUCUGAUGUCAGCUCAACUGUGUAUCCACUUGUGGUCGCUGCACAUCCCCAAGAACCCAACCAGUUUGCCCUAGGCCUAACAGAUGGCAGCGUUUAUGUCUUUGAACCACUUGAAUCUGAAGAUAAAUGGGAUGUUGUGCCCCAACGCGUUGACAAUGGAUCGUCAAGUAGCAUUCCUCCUCAAGUUGCAGUCUUAGAUCAACCCCAGGGCUAAUAAUCUGAACUUUGAACAAACCAAUCUUAAUGUGUGUUUAUGGUAUCAAGUUUUUCUUUAUUAAUAAUGUAAAGCCUGGUUUAGACAGGUAGACUUUAUCUUCUUCCUAUAAGUCAAUUUCUUUUAUAUGAGAAUUGCUUUCUCCGUUUACAUUAAUCUGAUAAUUUUAAACACU